AUGAGUUCUAUUGCUCGUUAUUGGAGGAUUCAGUGUAGAAUUUGUCUUGAGCUGCUUCGAGCUGAGUUCCUGCUUCCGGAUUCUCCUGAUUUUCCUGCGCCUGAUUCUCCUGAUUCUCCUGCUCCUUAUUCUCCUGAUUUCCUUGCUCCUGGUUCUCCUGAUUCUUCUGCUCCUGAUUCUCCUGUUUCUCUUGAUUCUCCUCCUGAUUUUCGUGAUUGUCCUGAUUCUACUGCUUCUCAUUCUUCCGAUUCUCCUGGUUCUCCUGCUCCUGAUUCUCCCGAUUCUCCUGCUCCUGAUUCUUCUGAUUUUCCUGCCCCUGAUUCUGUUGACUCUCCUGAUUCUCCUGAUUCUCCUGCUCCUGAUUCUCCAGAUUCUCCAGCUCCUGGUUCUCCAGAUUCUCCGGCUCCUGGUUCUCCUGAUUCUUCUGCUCCUGUUUCUUCUGAUUCUUCUACUCCUCAUUAUCCUGCUCCUUCUGAUUCUCUUGAUUCUCCUGAUUCUCCUGGUUCUCCUGCUCUUGAUUCUCUUGGUUCUCCUGCUCCAGAUAAUCCUGACUCUCCUGAUUCUGAUUCUCUCGAUUUUCCUGCUCCUUAUUUUUCUGAUUACCCUGACUCUCCUGAUUCUCCUUCUCCUGACUUUUUUGAUUCUCCUCCUCCUGGUUCUCCUGAUUCUCCUGAUUUUCCUGCUCCUGAUUCUCCUUAUUUUAAUUCUCCUGCUUCUGGUUCUUUUGGUUCUCCUGAUUCUCCUGAUGGUAGAGGACUUUGCACAAUUGCUGUCACAUAUCACAGUUUGCAUUUGGUCCAUCAGGUUAGUUUUUGA